AGAGUUGUCCUAUUGAAAUAUUCAACAUCUUGUUAGCAAAGUUCACUGUAGAUUGCGCUGAUCACCAACUAUCAGUGCUAUAUACCAACAUUUAGAAGAACUGUAAACCAACACAAAAAUAUAAUAAGAUAUAAGUUCAAGAAAUGCCAGGUCAGUCAGGAUGUUUUGUGCCAUAUUGUGAUACUGGAAGAAAGGGAUGUAUUGGGAAGAGAACUGUGUUCAGUGUUCCAAGGGAUGUUGAAAUGCUGAAGAAAUGGAAAGAAGUGGUGCCUACAGCACACAGAGAACUUGGCCCUAAUGACAAAAUUUGCCAUGUACACUUUACUGAAGAUGACAUCAAGAAAGGCUUAAAGGUUGUUGUUGGGGGAAAAGAAGAUAUCUUUCCAAUGCUUUGGAGACUAAAGCCAACAGCUAUUCCAUCAAUUUUUCCAACUAAAAGCCUUGAACCCAACCUUAUUCCAGAGGGCCAUCGUUCCAAGAGGGUAAGAAAGGGUCCCCGAUUUGCGAAUAAUAUUCCCGUAAAAUGUGCAAGAGCAAGUGCAUCUACAGAACAUUCAAUCGAAAGUGCUGGUACUAAAACGUUGAAUAGUAACGCCAUCCCUAGAAUCAAAGAUCAAGAAUCAAACCCCGAAACAAACAUUUCAAGCAUUAGUUCUCAUGCAAGCCUUGCUGAUAAAGAUCCUGCCUCAAUGCAUACAAUAACCCUUACCCCCUCUAAUGAAAAUAUCCAUAGAGCAUCCACCAAGCAGCCAGGCGUAUCGAAAACCACAUCAGGCGUGACCGACGGUAACGGAGAAUCGUUGGUGGAUCCACAAGACGCCAAGUUGCCACCAUCAUGGAACUGGCAUGCUAUUACUCACCCUCACAAAAGACUAGUUUGUCUCCUGCCAUCUCUUACUCUGAGAGAAGCAGUAAUUGCUAAAGCGAUAGAAAUAGCAACAAAGAAUUCUGUCAUAUACUACGUGUUUGGUAAAAGAUUCGAUUCUGUGGAUCUGGAAUACCAUUUUCAGUCCCUAAACGAGUUUCAAGAAAUUCUGAAUAAUUUUGAUAAAGCAAAAACGUGUGACGGAUGCACGGAUUCAGCAUUUUUCGAUAUAAAAUUCUGUGCCAGUGGUCGUUUCCAUGGUGACGUUUGGCGUUCAAAUAAAUGUCAAUUGCUAGAUAAAUCUAGUUGUUAUGAAUGUGUCAAACUCAAGAAUGUGCUUGAAACAAGAGCUAAGAAGAUGAACAAGACCAAAAACCCUGAUUCCCAAAAAUGAUUUCUUAGCUCUUGCAACUUCCCAAUUUGAAAUACAAAACAUCAUCGCUUUCAAAA